UUGGGUGAAAUGCAGCCUUGGCUGUGUUACUUGUUUUUAGUGCUCUGAAAAGGAGGGAUGUGGAGCGAAACAUGGCAACAAAUCACACAACAAAAGGAACUCCUCUUCGCCAGUUUGGUCUGAAUCCACACAAGUUGUUGAGCGCUUCCCGGGGCCCUUUGGGGCCCAAGAAGAGGAUGCAUCGUGGUGGGGAUAAGGACUUUCAGAUAUCAGCGCGAAAAAUGGGCACAUCCUUGCUUUUCCAGCUGUCAGCUCAUGAAAGAGAGCUGGAUUUGGUAUUUCUGGACCACAGCUAUGCCAAGCCAUGGAACGCCCACCCAGAUGCCAGCAGCGCCCGGCCCACAAGGACGCUGUUCGUUACCCCUCGUCGCCAACCUGAAGCCUUGUCAGACUCAGAUUCUGUAAUAGAUGUGGAAAGAGUCACACCAACACCUGUUCCUCUGUAUGAUAAUCAGAAAGCUCUUAGUGUGAUGAAGGAAUGUGAGCGACAUGUUCUGUUUGCACGCACGGUUGCUGAGAGCCCUCCCCCCCCUGAAGACUGGGAGGAACACAUAAACAAGACUGGAUGGUCAGUGGCCCAGAACAAACUGUUCAAUAAAGUCCUUAAAGCUCUGCAAGCUGAGAGACUAGCCCGCCUGGCCAAUGAAAAUGCUUCCAAUGAGCCAAUUUUGCGAAGGAUAGCUGUGGACAAGUGUGCCAGGAAGGUGCGGCAUGCAUUAGCCAGUGUGAACUGGGACACCAAACUGACGCAGUGGUUACACACUACCAUGAUUGAAUCCUUAAGUCUCGCCAUGCUUGCUGCUUACCUGGAUGUGCUGCAGACUCUCAAAAGCAAGCUGCCCUUGCUGAUUGACAGAAUGUUGCUGACAUCUGCAAAGACUGGCGCUCCAAGUGCAGAGGCCCUGUCACUGCUCCUGAAACGGCCCUGGGACCCAGCUGUUGGAGUCCUGUCUCAAAACAAACCGAGUAAGCUUCCUGGAUCCCCACUCAUCCUAAUUGCCCCAUCAAGCCCAACCAAUCCUGCCCUCUCUACCUCGCGGCGAAUGAGAUUCUGGCAGUCGCAGCUCUCUUGUUUGGGAAAGGUCAUCCCAGUGCACAGUCAUGUGAACAGCGGAGCAAAUAUUAGCAUCACACAGUGCCUAGAGCACAUGUUGGGCACUGUCAGGGCCAAGGUCAUGGAGGUUCACAGUCACUUCCCCCACAAACCCAUUAUCCUGGUUGGUUGGAAUGCUGGUGCUCUCAUCGCUUGUCACGUAUCCCUUAUGGAGUAUCUGACCGCUGUGGUGUGUCUCGGCUUCCCCCUGCAAACAGUCAACGGGCCAAGAGGGGAUGUGGAUGACCCACUGCUGGACAUGAAGACCCCAGUGUUGUUUGUGGUUGGCCAGAAUGCUCUGCAGUGUAGCAUAGAAGGCAUGGAGGAGCUCAGAGAGAAGUUGAGGGCAGACAACAGCAUGGUGGUGGUGGGAGGAGCAGACGACAACCUCAGAAUCAAUUCAGCAAAGAUGAAAUCAGAGGGGCUGACACAGACCAUGGUGGACCGCUGCAUUCAGGAUGAGAUAGCUGACUUCUUGUCCGGUGUCCUCACACGGGCAGAGGGCCACGGCCAUGGCUCAGGGGAAAUGAGGGACCUGGACACAGAGAAGAAGAAAAGGCCUCGCCGGGAGCUUCCCUUUGACAUGGAGAGAGGACGACCUUCCUCCCCUGCGCUUAGAGUUCCCAUCUCACCAUCAGGUUCAGAGGAUUUGUCCAGUGUCUGUAGCAGUCCCACUUCAAGUCCCAAACCCAAGACAUCUGGUCUGUCUCCAGCACAGAAGUCCAGUCUGAUCACAGCAACGCAACUCCUCAAGACACACAUGCAGCGCUCUGGCACAGUACUCACUCACAAGCAGGCUCAAGCUCAGUUUGCUGCUUUUAUGAAACAAAACAUGCUUGUGAGGAAAAAUCUUCCUCCUGGCACCCCUCCUUGUAUUUUUGUGCCAGUAACCAGUGAUCAGAUGGAGGGCCUGGACAGAGAUGAACUGAGGUCCCAUGGCAAGAGGAGGCAGACGCCUAGUCCCACGCCAAGCAAAGCCUCCAAGAGAGCCAAGAUCAAGGUCACCAUUGUUUCCCAAAGCGAGUCAGCAGGGGGCACCAUCAACCCUGCUGCGCAGGAAGUGGGUGUCUCUGCGAGGCCCUUAACAGUGACAGUGGGACAGACUGUGGCUGGAGCCAAGGAGCUCUCUGGACUUCUUACAGGUCAUCGGUCUGGUAGUCUCUCAGAGGUGUCUGGUGCCCUGUCCCCAGGCUCCAGCUCAUUCAACAGUGUGCAGCCUUGCAUGGUGUCAGGGUCCUCCACACCAGUCCAGGCGCAAGCUCCGGCCACUGCCCAAGCGCCUUCCGCCAGCAGUCUGCUACAAGGCCUAAGUUUCAGUCUUCAGGAGAUCGUCACCAAAACUCCUAGCUUGCCCUCCACAGCAGCCAACACAGGCAGCACCCAGGCGGUUUGUGGCAAGCCCCAGGGUCAGGUCCUGAGCUCCAUCGGUACCAGCAGCAGUACUCUGCUCCGGGCGGUGCCUGUGGUCACCACAGGAGGAGUGGCUAAAACCACUGCCAUCCACCAGCUGCUCACCAAUGGCGGGCUGGCCAAACUUGCCAGCAGCUUGCCCGGCUUGGCGCACAUCACCAAUCAGACCGCUGGGCAGAAAGCCCCCACUUCGAUAACGGUGACCCUUCGAGGAGCACAGCCAAGUAGAGUGGGAUCUCUCAGCCAAGCUGGUGAGGUUGUGACGCCAGCUCUCACCCAAGAGCCCAAGCAGUGAAAAUCUCGGCUCACGGUUUCCAUGUGGCGAUACACCUGAUGUAAGCUUGCUGCUGUGCCAGAGGCUAUUGGGAGCCAGCUGAUGAGACGAUGAACGUACCGCCUCACAUCCUCCAGAGAGCUCCCCUGUCGAGAUGGCUGGAAAAGGCCAGGCAGUCGCUGUCGGCUGUGGCUGAGCCGCUGCGACGCUUAACCUCUAUGUACAGAUGGGUAGCACCGACUCUACUAACACUGCAGUGGUGGUCUUCAUGCUACACUCUGUGCUCUCUUCUUACACCUUUAACUUUAAUUCGCAAAUUCUGACAGCCAGAUAUACGACAUGUCAUGUUAUCCUCUAGGGAGGAAAAUGAUAUCGUGUGAGGAUAAACUGCAACCUAUCUGGACUGUGAUAAUGCCCCUGUACAGCCUACAAAAGGACAGACGUGCAACUCUUGAUGCUGACUAUACACCUACAUCUCAACAAAAAAAAAAAAAAGAUUUUAAAAUAAUCUUUAGCUUUGUAUGCGUGUACAUUCAGUUUAAAUCCCUUUGUCAUUAUCUCUUUUAUCACUGAUAAGUAUGAUUAACAGGAAUGUCAGCGUGUGUGUGGAGCAUUUUGAUGUCACAACUGGAUAACUCCGUAUUUGUGAGAUAACUGCAUUUGAAUGAUAGUCAUGGCUUCAGUAUUAUUCAUCACAGUAAUUAUGUUGACAUCAUUACAGUAUUUCAACUUCACCGUAUGACAAAUUUUCAACGCUAAUUACAUGUCAUUAUUAUAUUAUAUGCCAGUACACCUGUGCAAUGCUCACUUUGAAUAAUAAGCACUCAAAAGGCUGCAAUACAUGAACGGGACAUGUCUGUCAGUAUUUAUGAUGAACAUUAUUUGUUACAAAUGUUUCCUCUAUAACCUCAUGUUCCAUAGUCUGAACUACUGUGUACGGCAAUAUUUCCCAUCUGCACUGUGUCAUCACUUCGCUGUAGAUGGACUUUUUGUUUGAAACUGCCACAGUUUAAAAAAAACCUAAAAACUUCUGAUUUGCCUGAAGACACUCAACUGUGUUCCCUGUUUGCUAAUCUAAAUAUUUGGUCCUGUGUGUUCAACACUUGCAGCAUUUAGCAAGCUAAGAAACUCCUCUUAUUCAGAAUACAAUGAAGGCGCUUGCUCUCAUGCAUGAUAGUUAUACUGCCGUGUUUACAGCAACAGCAUAAAUACAGCGCACUCAUCUCAGCAGACAUCCUGUCUUAAAUUCCUCACAUAGGCAGCAGUCAGAUGAGAUAAAGAGAGGAGCAUGUCUCUUCUGUCUUAUAUAAGCUUUGUAUGUAAUAGGCAGAGCUGCUGGCAUAGCUUCCCAUCAUCAGCUGCAGUGGAUAUUCAAGCAAUCCAUCCGAGGUCGCUCCAUCCAAUCUCCACCACGUAUUAAUGGCAUGAAAUUAGCAACAGUGUGAUAAAUUGAGAAGACACUGAGGGAAUACUUUAAUUUAUCUCCUUUCUGAAUACGUUUGGUUGAUAUUUACUCUGAGUUAAAUUAGAAUGGAGCCUAAAAGUAGGACCAUAAGCUUUGACUCUGAUAUGUACUGAAUACACAGUGCAAUGCGGAUGCCAGUAAUAUACUUUACAUUAGUUGUACAAGUCAGAGGAAAAUGUUAUACGCAGGAUUGUCCGUUAAAUUAACAUUAAACUAGAACUAACUGUGCAUAGAAUAUAUUUAUACUCACAGGUACAGGUGAAUAACAAUAUUAACAAUAGUCCAUAUACUUUACACUACGUAUGUACAUCUGUUUACAUACAGAUAUUUAUCUAGACAGUAUUGGGAAAAUGAAAAACAAAUUAAUCAGUAAUAAAAUAGAUGUGAUUAAUUUAUUAAUGUUAUAAAUAAAUGUAGGCUUUUUAAGUCCAGGUGAGCAGACUGUAUAUGAUGCACCUGAGGCUUCACUGCCAGACACCAACCUUGUAUGUUUAUUUACUUUUGACUUACAAUGUCUUCGUGUAAUGUUCCGUACAUCGCCAACAGGGGGCGCUCUAAUCACUUCAAUUUGCUCGUGACUGCUUAUACUGUAUGUGAGUAAAGCAUAUUACUGAAAGGUCAA